GUUUCUUGCGGACCAGGCGGGCGGAGGUAGCGUCCCUUGCGUGCGGAGGUCAAGUGGAACUGGUCCUGCUCGUCGGGGACUUUCAGGACAAAUCAGGAUCGUAGAGGAGCUGCUGUAACAUCACACAGUCAUGGUGAAGAAAAGGCGACUUCGUCUCAUAGCAGAAAUGGCUCGGAAGAUCCGGGCGUACCGAGAGCUCAAGUCCCGGCCGCGGGAGUCCCAGAAGUACGCACUGGACUAUGACACGAUGAAGCGGCCUUUGACGGGGAAGAUGCUGCCUGUGCUGGCCUGGCCGGAUGUCCGCAGGGAGAGCCGCCUCUUCUCCCUGCUGGCUGGCAUGAGGAUGUUCGGAGUGGGCCGCCUGUUCACCCGCAAAUCCUGGUUGGAAGACCACACUGAGCCCAGCUACUGGCAGAUAACCAAGGUCAAGGUGGACUACACCUCUGAGAACAUGGAUCAUGGCAAGGCGUGGGGGGUCCUCACCUACAAAGGAAAACAGGAGACCGAGGUCAAGGAGGUGGACAAGGUGAUGUACCACGACUGGCGCCUGGUUCCCAAACACAUAGAACAGCAGUUGAGGGAUUUUCAGCCGCUCCCUGAUCCACCUGUGCGCUCUGUCCCCUACCCGCCCCUGCUCCGUGCCAUGCUGCUGGCCCAACACAAGAAAGCAACAGGCAGGGUAAUGGCAGAUGAGCCCGCCUUACCUUUGCAGAGGGAGGUCCAGCUCAACAAAGACUAUUUUCGCAGGCAGGAACAAGAGAGGCAGAGAAAAGAGGGGACAGAGGUGUGAUACUCCUCUUUGAAUGUGGUUUGCUAAUCUUGGACAUUUUGGACCAAAUCAGUGAUGACAGAAGUGGUCAACUUCCUCUGUCCAGCAACACUUGAAGCCCUCGCCUCAAAACUCCUGAUAAGUCCUGGACUAAAAUGAAUUCUCUGCUAUUUUCAUCUGAAGCAGGCCUCUCCGUGUGUAAUAUGUAUCUGUGUAUCUGCUAAAUAUUAAAUCUGAGGUAAAAUAAG